AUGACACAAAAUCCGGCUAUGCAACUCGUUAACAAACGGCGUAACCGAAGGUUCCUUAGAAUUCAACAGCAAAACCUCUUGGGCCAUGAUGAUUGCCUUAAUGUGUUCCAAUUGAUCACGAUCGCUCUUUCUCCACCCAGAAUCGUCGACGGGUACGACAGAAGCGGGUCCAAGAUCCAAAGAUCUCGAUCAGGUAAACCCGUGCGUCUCAUGAUAUCAUGCUUUCCGGCCUCCACCACCUGGGUCUGGCUCGUCGAGUCCAGUAAAAGCAAUGCCGGGACAUCGGACCCUUUUUCUAAUGAGCAGCGACGCCCCGGCACUGGUCCCAACUCAAAUAAACAAAAAUUGGUGCGGCUAAAGGCAGAGCACGAGACAGCCCGUAAGCACUUGAUCAAAAUGUUUCUUCGACUACUUUUACUUCUAACCAUCUUCGGGAUUUCCAUGUCACAGUCAAUAAUCCGGAAUUUACCAGGCUUUUCUGGUAAUCUUCCCUUCAAACUUGAAACCGGGUACAUUGGAGUAGGUGAUUUGGAUGAAGUGCAUCUAUUCUAUUACUUCAUUGAGUCUGAGAGGAACCCGAGAGAUGACCCCCUUCUGCUCUGGCUCAGCGGUGGCCCUGGUUGCUCUGCUUUCUCUGGUCUUGUUUAUGAGAUUGGUCCAUUAACUUUCAAUUAUAGUAAUUCCAAAGGAACCAAGCCAACAUUUGAGCUGAAUCCAUAUUCAUGGACGAAGGUUGCCAACGUUAUAUUUCUGGAUCAACCGGUUGGUACUGGAUUCUCAUAUGCAACAAAAGCAGAAGGAUAUAAUACUAGUGAUACAUCAUCAGCAGCACAAACCUAUGAAUUUCUAAGGAAGUGGCUUAUGGUCCAUCCAGAGUUCCUUUCAAAUCCACUUUAUAUUUCUGGCGACUCUUACUCCGGUAUAACUGUUCCAGUCAUCGUUCAAGAAGUGUUAAAUGGUCUUCAAAUUGGACAUCAGCCGCCAAUGAAUCUCCAAGGAUACAUCCUAGGCAACCCUGUAACAGAUGCAGAAUAUGACUUGAACUCUAGGAUUUUGUUUGCUUAUCGAAAGGCACUCGUAUCAAAGAGUCUCUAUGAGUCAACAAAAAGAAACUGCAAGGGGGAAUAUACAACUCCAGAUCCAAACAACACAGCCUGCAUGUCUGAUCUUCAAGCUGUUACUCAGUGCUUUGGAAACAUAAAUGUGGCACAAAUAUUGGAACCGAACUGUAAUAGAUUGUCUCCAAAACCAAAAAGACCGAAGUGGGAUCAUAGAUCACUUGGCGACAGCUCUUUAGCUGUUCUUCUGUCAUCUCCUCAGUCUGCUGAACUGUGGUGCCGGAACUAUCAUUAUCUCUACUGCUACGUUUGGGCUAAUGAUAAAACUGUCAGAAGCGCUCUUCAUAUUCGAGAGGGAACAAUUGGGGAGUGGUUGAGAUGCAAUGGCAGCUUAUCCUAUGAUUAUGAUGUCUCGACUAGUAUUGGUUAUGAGCGAAACCUGACCAGGGAACGGCUUCGAGCUCUCAUUUACAGAUUGAUGAUCAAGUUAUGGUCUUUUAAUUGGUCCAACCACAUGUAUUUUCUUGGACUUUUAAGUUUUAAUUCCCUAACCUUAUUGGGCACACUAGCAUGGAUAGAAUCAUUGAAUUUGACAUUCCAGGUUGAUUGGUAUCCAUGGUUCGUUGAUGGUCAGGUUGCAGGAUAUAGUAUGAAUUACGCGGAGGAGAAGUACUCUUUGACAUACGCAACAAUUAAGGGUGGGGGUCACACUGCUCCAGAAUACAAGCCUAAAGAAGCCCUUGCCAUGAUUGAAAGGUGGCUCGCUCAUUUCCCAUUAUGAAAGCUUAACAAGCUCCGAGAAUCAAGAUAAUUAGUUAGCAGUAGUUUAAUCUAAUUCAUAGUUGAACCUUCAAGGUUUCAACCAAUAAUAUGACGCUUUAGUUUCAUUUGAGAUCAAAGCAACUUAGUUUCAUUGGCCCAUCAAAUAAUUUAUGUUCCCUGUAUAUGCUUCAUUAUCUGAUUUGCCCCCAUAUAUGUACAUAGAAGCUUGGGUAUAAUUUCUUGGACUCACCAUAAUAUGGCUGAAGCCAACCAAUUGAAGGUUCUUGAUAACACCGCCUCCAGGCUCGGUUCCCACAACCUCUCUCCGUCUCACAUUCUUUGAUCUGCAAUGGUUUUCUUUUCCUAAUAUACAACGCUUUUUAUUCUACCAAUCCCCAUGCCCAACCUUGGACUUCAUGGAAACCAUUCUGCCAUUGCUAAAACACUCUCUCUUACUCUCAAACAAUA